AUGCCCGCUCUCAAUUCUCAUCUCUCAGCUCUACCCUCUUCUCACCAAAUUUCCAACAUGAAGACCUUCAUUGCUUCUCUCGCCCUUCCUCUCCUUGCCGCUGCGGCUCCGACCAUGCAGACCCGCGAGGCCAACCCGCCCUUCAGCGUCAUGGCCAUCCGCUCUGGCUCACCCAUCCACUACUCCCAAAUGAAUGCCGCUGGUCAAAAGUUCUAUCUCGGCGGCCAGACCUCCUCCUACUGCCCGGACCUGGAAGGCCUCACCUGCCCCCCCCAGGCAAUCAGACCGUCAUCGCCGCGGGCGGAAGCGCCUUGGUAA